AAGUCAAAAAGGCAUCACCAAAUCUCAACACUUCAACUACACAUCUGUCUGUCUUCCAAAUCUUUUUUCUUCAGUUCUCUUCUGCUUUUCUGUCUUGUGACUCUUAUCACCGAUGGGAAUCUCCUUUAGCACCAACAGAAGACGACAGAACAACCGCCGUCACCUCCUCCACCACCAUCCUCCACCGCCUUACUAUUACCUCGAUCCUCCUCCUCCUCAGCCGCAGCCAUUUCCACCGCAUUAUGACUACAACUACUCCACUUACCACAUCCCUCCACCUCUACCACCACCGCCACAGAUCAACUCUUGUUCCUACGGUCAUCCUUACCAUUACUACCCUCAGCAUCCUCAGUAUCUCACCACAGCUCAACCCAACUGGUGGGGUCCAACGAUGAGACCUGGAUUUGUCUGUCCCCCUCAGCCUCAAACGCAAAUGCAGCCUCUUCCACCUCCUUACGUGGAGAAUCAGAACGCCAAGAAGGUGAGGAACGAUGUCAACGUGCAUAGAGAUACGGUGAGGCUCGAAGUAGACGAUUUAGUCCCUGGCCACCAUCUAGUUUCCUUCGUCUUCGAUGCCAUUUUUCACGGCAGUUUCACUAUCACCUUCUUUGCAAAGGAGGAACCAAACUGCACGUUUAUCCCGCAGUUUCCAGAGGUUUAUCCACCGACAAGGUUCUCUUUUCAGAAAGGUCCUGGACAGAAGUUUCUACAGCCUUCAGGGACAGGAUCCGACCUGAGCUUCUUCGCUCUUGACGAUCUUUCAAAACCUUUAGAAGAAGAUGUGUACCCGCUUGUUAUAUCAGCUGAGACGUUAAUCUCUCAAAAUCAAAUGUCAGAGCAGUCAUCGGUUCAUAAGCAAGUCACUCAAGCGGUUCUUGAGAAAGAUAGGGACGGAUCUUUCAGAGUGAAAGUUGUGAAGCAGAUUCUUUGGAUCGAAGGAGUUCGGUAUGAACUUCGUGAGCUGUAUGGAUCGAGUAAUCAAGGUGCAUCCUCGGGGUUAGAGGACAGUGGUUCGGGUAAAGAAUGUGUUAUCUGCAUGACUGAGGCUAAGGACACAGCUGUGCUGCCUUGUAGACACUUGUGCAUGUGUAGUGACUGUGCGAAAGAAUUGAGGCUUCAGUCGAACAAAUGUCCGAUUUGUCGACACCCUAUCGAGGAGCUCUUAGAGAUCAACGUGAACAGUAGUGAUGAACAGCACUUUACUUGAAGAAGAAGGUUUUCCCUUUCUUUUUUUGGAAGUCUUCUAUAUCCGAAUAUGUGUUUUGGAUCAUUGUUGUGUAACUUUCAUACCGCAUAUAGAUUUGUUUGUGUUAAAGAUUUGUAUGUGGAAAAUAUAAAAAUUAGUAUAUGUAUAGCUAUUGUGCUAGAACAGCUUUCAUGUAUUAUCUUUGUCUUCUUGGAUAAAUUCCACACACUCUCAACAAUCAACU